AUGACAAAUCCUACCGAGAGCAAACAGGAGCCUACCCAUCUCGAAGAUGUUGCAACAACCAACCAAGUCGCGAUGCUAAGUGGCGCAAGAGACCAUUUUUUAGAUGCCAGUAUGAUUGAAAAAGCAUCUUGUGCCCACGAAUUGAAGACAGCGUCAGAUGGAAAGACUGUUCUCAUUCCCCGGCCCAGUGACGAUCCGGCUGACCCUCUCAACUGGAGUCAGCUUCGCAAAUGCCUCGUUCUGCUCGUCAUAUCUUGCACGGCCUUUCUACCGGAUUACGGUAGUGGGACUGGGGCUGUAACUCUCAUUCCGCAAGCGAAAGAGUGGGGCCUUAGUGAAGAUACAGUAAAUCACUCACAGGUGGGCAACGUCUUUAUGCUCGGCGCCGGUGGCCUCGUGGUUACAAUUCUUGCUUCAUACUUCGGCCGAUUACCGACACUCUUUUGGUUCUUGCCGUAUGAUAAACGUGUGGUCCGGAGCUAUUAUCUUGAGCCCGUACUUGGGCCCCUCAUCGCUGCGUUUAUCAUUAACACCACCAAGUGGCAGUGGGCCUUUGGAAUUUACACUAUUGAAACCGGUUUAUGCAUCCUGAUGACCGUGUUGUUUGUGGACGAGACAUUCUACAAUCGAGACUUGGGUGCAGCUCAGCAGCCAAUGAAAGGAUCUCGCGUGCUCCGUCUUGUGGGAAUCGAGCAAUUCCGUAGCCGUCAUCUACGUCAGACCCUCGCCACGGCAGUGAUGAGACCCCUGAAGAUCAUAUCAAAGCCAACAGUCUUUUUAAGUUCAAUUUACUACUGCUUCACCCUCGCAUGGGCCGUUGGUAUAAACACAACAUUGUCCAUUUUUCUUGGGCCGCUUUACGGAUUUGGACUCAAACAGAUCGGCUUUUUCUAUUUUUCACCGGUGAUCGCUGCUCUGAUCGGAGAGCUGGUGGGACAUUGGCUACAUGACGCCGCCGCCAAGUAUUAUAUGCAGCGUCAUCGUGGACAAUUUGAGCCUGAGGCCCGAUUGCAAGUAAUUUGGUGCGCGACUCCAUUCAUGAUUACUGGCCUGGCCCUCUUUGGGUUCUGCCUAGAAAGAAAAUAUCACUAUAUGGUAACUGCAAUCGCUUGGGGCUUAUAUGUGUUUGGUGUCAUGAUCGCGACCGUGGGCAUUAACGCUUACAACCUUGACUCUUACCCCGAGGCUUCUGGCGAAGUGACGGCAUGGAUCAACAUGGCCAGAACCACCGGAGGAUUUAUUGUGAGCUAUUUCCAGGUCAAGUGGGCGCAAUCCGUCGGAACUGAGGUGAGUUUUGGCACACAAGCGGGUAUUGUCGGCGCCAUGUUCUCUUUGGUUGUUAUCAUGCAGCUGUGGGGUAAGAAGAUGAGGGAUUGGGCUAGGGACUAA